UUUUCUCCUCUCUCUCUCUAGCCUAUCUCAGCUUCUCUCACUGUCUCACACCUUCCGGCAACGAUUCACGGUUGUACCUUUCUCCUGUAAUCUUGUGGAGUUCCUUGGCAUAUUUCUUUUCCCUAUUUUUGGUGGUUUCGGGCUGUAAAAGGCUUGUUCAACACUGUAGAAUCACUCUGAAUCAACCAGUAGACAAACUUCACGACGACAAAGGUGUGUGAGAGACAAGACAUGGACAGCAUCCUUUGAGCUGUUUAAACAUGACUUAGGUGGUGAAAAUUACAUCCUUGAAAUGAAUCCCUCGAGCGAUGAGUUUGAAAAACAGUUGUACCAUGUAUGUGUGGUACAAAAGGAUGGAAAACGCGAUGUUGGAGUGAAGAAAAUGUCACAACAUACUCAAAACCCAUCAAGAGAUAUAAUAAACCCACCACUUGCACCGGUUUAUAAUUUAUCUUUACAAGAACGGCUGGAGGGUUGGGAACUCCAAAUAAGGAAACGUAAUAAUUCAAAUUCCACCGAUAAGUAUUAUAUCCACCUGCAAGCCUCACAUAGAUUUCGUUCGCUUAAAGAAGUUGCAUUGUUUAUACUCUAUGGAUGUGAGAUGAAACAUCUACGUGAGCAGGAAAGGAUACAAAAGGAGGAAGAAAUGAAGAUUUUUUCAUGGCCUCUGAAUAAUCCAAUAGUAGAUUUGUAAUUAAUCAGUUACUUACGUUUAUUAAUUUUCUAUUGUAAAUUGUAUGAUUACUGCCCUAGCGAUAUCCGGCCCCUUUUUAUAUAUAUACAUAUAUGUAUGUAUGUAAAUAUGUGAUGAGGAUGAGGAGGGGAUCUAUAACUUCAUUGUGAAGAGGAGGAAACUGGAAAUGCCAUAGGGGAAAAUGCUUUGCUGGAAAAAUUCAGAUGUUUUGGAAGAGAUAUGCGGAGUACAUAUUUUUCCUUUCUCUUUCAAUGAUUUGAUGAUAAGUAGG